AUGCUCUAUGUUCAUACUAGCGAGAGAGGCUCUCGAGGCAUUCAACUCGAGGAUAUAAACAUCGACAACCUCCCCCCAGCUAACAAGACACAAGUCAAACUCGUCCCUCAUACGAAACUUCAUCAAAGAUUUAGAAAAACAUCUAGCUCCGAAAGCGAUCGAUUUCUAGCAAAUUUAGUUACCAGAAGCCAAAUAUUCAAGACGUUUCACCAACGACGAAUAUCAAACGCACCAUUUGGGAGCAAUUCCGUCACCAACGAUACUCAAAGGACACCAGAGCACACUGUGGGGCUAUUCGCAAUGUCUUCAUCACGAUCAAGUGGAAGUGGCCAGAGAGGUUCCCGCGGUAGCAAGGGAAGACAAUCAUCCCACCAGCAGCUCAUCGAGUCACUGCGCACUCACCGAGUUAACACGCUCACUGAGCUCUGCCGCAUCGAACGAGUUGCUGCUAGCUGCGAAAACGAGGAAGACGCGCAAGCUUUCCAGGCCCCGAUGACCUCCGCAUGGGACUACUAUGUGAACAGCAACCAGUUCCUGACGGAGCUAAGAGGCUUGACGCGCAACUAUCCCAUCUCGGGAGACCUGGUUGACCAGGCGCAUCACCUCGUCCGAAACGACCCCAACUCAAACCGUAGCUGGAACCUGGCAUGGCUGUGCCUGGUGAAGAUCCGCGACGACGGCUUAAUCCCCGCGUAUGCGCAAGCGGACGCCUGGCGCAGAGAGAUGUGGGGAGGCCGCGAUCCCACGCAGGAAGAAGCAGACCAACUGGCGCAGUGCUUCGAGUACGAAUGGACCCAGGCGGUCGAGAAUAUGCUGCGGCACUGGCCUGCCGCGCCGACAUGGUACUAA